AUGGGAGAGUUUUGCUCUAAGCCGGAGAGUGGGAAUUCUCAAUCACAUCCCGGUGUUCCUGCUGUUGGUACUCAACAUGCUAGGUCAAGGGAAAGCAAGGUCUCGAGUGCUUCUGCAGCAACAGCUGGCUUUCUAUCUAAUAUGUGUGACACAAUAUCCCGCUUACAAUCCGAAAAUCAUUUAUCUUCGAACGCCCCACCACCAGGUUCGCGGAUUGCUUCCAGCCCUGAACAGGGUUAUGCCAGUAUUAAUCGGAAUGGAAGGUCUGAUAGUUUUCCAAGUGAAGGUCCGGUGCUCACAACUGGGCCUCAUGCAGGGUUGUUAACUCCGGAAGAUAUGCUUGCUGCAGCACAGAUUUGUAGCCAUCUAAGUCAGUCACAACUCAACGCUCUGGCGGCUGCUUACCAUCAACAACAGCAACAAAUUCAACGUUCCGUUGGUCCAACUGCUUCAGGAACUUCAACACUUGGUCACGUCCCAGGAAUUACAUUUGCACAGGCUCUAGCGGCUGUUACAUCUGUAUCGAAGUCAUCAUCUCCUACUAUUCCUCUCAGUGUUCACAGCUCUCAACAGUCACCUCGAUUGCCGGUUCAUUCAGUUCAAACACCUAUGCAUCAAGGGUAUCAAAAACGCCCCCCUAGUGGUCAGUCAGAGUUUCACUCAGGACAUCCUAUUCAAAUGGGUUCAACUACAUCUGGUACUCGUCCAGCUUCAGCGUCUCAGGCUGUCCUUCAUCAUCGCGGAAGUCAUCCAGGUCCUUCAGGAUUCGGGACAAUGAGUUCUCACGUCAGUCCAUCACAGCCAAUUACCUCACAUCUGGAUCAUAAUUUGCACAAUGCACAUCAGACAAGGGCUUCACCAUCACUAUCACCCAGUCCUGGAAGCAAUAUUUACCAAAAUCAUCGUUCACAACUGCCCCCCCCUUCAACUCAUCCAAACAAAAGACCUCGUAUUUCCUUAGGAUCCCAACUACCACACUCCAUUUCAUCCUUACCUUCUGCUCAUGUAACAAAUACAAUUGCACCAGCUGAGAUGGAAGCUUUGUUGAGGAGUGUUGUUGCUAGUAAGGCGAUGGCAAGUAUUGCAGCUGGUUCUAACUUUCUUAAUCCGAACGCCUAUUCUGCAGCCACAGAAGUUGCCGCAGCAGCCCUCACACCUUUUUAUACAUCCAUUAAUAAUAGUAGCUUAUCGAACCCAUCAUCUAUCGUCACUUCAAAUCAAGCUGCUUAUCAACCGCAUAUUCAACAUCAUGGUUCAUUCGGUAGUAAUUCAACUUCUGGCACUCAUUUAUUCAACCAACAACAUGUUUUGCCAUCUUCCAGUUCGGCGUAUACAGGUUCACUGAUGGGUACCUUACCUGGUUCACUUCUAACCUCGUACAAUAACAGACCAUUUCCUCAUGCAACUGCGUCUACCCAGGCGAUAACUUCCGGGCAAGCCCUACUUAGUGCACCUGUCUUGGGAUCACAAACUGUAACUAGUCAGCCUCCAUUGUCACAUAUGCCAGCGAAAGCAUCACAUCCAACAUCAGUCUCCCAAAUCCCCUCUCGCCUGAUUUCUGGCCAUCUUCAUCAUCCACCUGCUGCUACUCAUCCUAGUCAAGGCAGUUUCCACCAGUCAAAUCAUCCUUUACCACAACCAGGUUCCCAACAUCAUGUGAUAGGGCAUUCUAAUCUCCCUCAGGGGAGUGGCGUGCUUCGACAGCAGACUAAAGAACCGGCUUAUCACCCACAGGUUGAAGCCAUAUCCCCUGCUCCUGAUGAGUCUCGUCUAGUGGAUGCCCAAGAUGCAAAGCUUCAUCGUGAAAGGGAAGAAAUUAACCGUCAACUGACAGUAUUAGAUGCUGAUAUUAAUAAACAAGAAUCACAUCUAAGAAAUCUGUGUGAACGGGAGGCUCGUCUAACAGCUCGACUUGCGGUAGCACCUGUACGCGAUACAUCGAACAAUAAUUUGAACGGUAACGAUUAUGAAAGAAAAUCAGAUAAAGGGGAUCUUGCUGUUCCGGAAGUAUCUUUCACUUGUAAAACCGGUUUCGAACGAAAUUACGAAAACCCAAUACAGGCAAUUAUUUCUGACAACCGCCAACGCACUCGUCAGCGUCAUCUCAUUUUCACAAGACUUUGUGGUCCCAAAGUUCGACCUGGACCACAUGCCCUGCCAUUUUAUCGCCAACCAUCCGACUUAUCAAGUGUAAGGGCUAUACAAUCCAACUUUCGCAACCAUUUCCGUCAAAAACUUGUUGUUUAUCUUCAAAGACGUCUCCGUGCUGAACAAAGUCGUAUCAGUUUUUUGGCUCAACAAUACGGACGAAAUUCUAGAGUGAACAUUAUUAUGAUUGGUCUUAUUAUUAACCCAUUAUCAGAUUCUGGCGGGGUUUCUAACCUAACUGAUGGUUCUCAGACUACUCCCUACGAUGCUAUCGAAGAGAUGAAUAAAUUAAAGGAAUAUGCGAUUGAUCCUCCAGUUAUGCUUGCACUUUGGCAGCGUCGAUAUCAAUUCAUAUGUGAAUCAGGUUUAGUCACAGAUUGUCGUGCUCAGCUCCAAGAAAAUCAAGAUCUGUCGAAGUGGUCGGAAGAAGAAAAGCAAAUAUUUAAAGAACGCUAUUUAGCCACUCCUAAAAAUUUUACCUCGAUAGCUUCAUACCUAGAGCGGAAAUCUGUUGCAGACUGUAUCCACUAUUACUAUUUAUCCAAAAAGAAAGAAGGUUAUAAACAGCUGUUGAAGAAGCAUAAUGCUCGUCGACGCCGAGCAGCUCAGACUGAACGUGGAGGGGGUGGUAGUGCUGGUGGAGCUGCUAGCAAUUCAAAUGCUGGCGGGAGUAGCGGAAGCCAUAGUAAUACUAAUAUAAACUCGAUCCCUCCAUCUUCUAGUAAUUGCCAAAAUGGGCAUGCGAAUAUAAAUUCCCCUCGUGGAGAGCGUAAUGAAGGAGAUGAAAAAGAUCCAGGAGGAUUAAAAAAUUCACAAACUGAUUCUUCUGGGUUUCCUGAAUCUAAUGAAACAGCUGAGCAUAAGGAUGCUGAUGGAUACAGAAAUAAUAAAAAAGAGAUGCAUCAUGGUGGUAGCGGUGGGAGUACUGGUGCAAGAAAUAGAGCUGGACGGGGUCGUCCACCACAACAUACAAAUCAUUCUAAUAUCGAUAACCACAAUGUUGGAUCUCAUGGGCGAAGUCGUGGUGGUAAUAACAGUACUCGAAAUAACGUCGAACCUCAUAGUGUUCACGUUCCUUCGGAUGUCAAGGUACCCGAACAUGAUACUCUAGUUCCUACGAUCGACAAAGAAUCACGGUCUGGAGAUAAUGUAAGAAGUGAUCCUGGAGUACAUAUAACCGUUUCUUCUAAUGCUAAUUCUCAGUGUGCAGAAUCUGUGACUAAUUCAAAUAAACUGGCUCAACCCCGAACACAUCCUGCAAUGGUUUCCAGUUCUUCAACACGCAUCAAGGAUUUGAUUCACUUUGCUAUUGAAAAAAAUCUUACCAAGCCUUCAUCAUGUGAUAAUCAAGUAACCACAACUGAAACUUUGUCUUCCCGUAUCUCCUCGAUAGGUCCUAGUUCCUCUCAAUCUACUUCAACUAAUAAGGCAAGUGUAAUUACAAACUCUAAGCAUAAUAAGAACCCUUCAACUUCAAUUUCAACUGUGAUCCCAAGUUGUCUAGUCUCUAGUCAUAUGGUUACGGAUAAUUCAGAUACAUCUAUUGUUUUUCCAUCGACAACGGCAGCUGAGAUUUACGCAGCCGCUGCACGAUUUGCAGCUGUUAGCGCUAGCGUUUGUGGAAUGAAUACUGAUCCAUCAGUGAUGUCUGUUUCGUCCACGGUUGAUUUUUCCGGAAGUCAUAAACUGGAUAUUAAUAAGUCAUCUGUAUCUACUGCUUCCUUAUCAAGUAACCUUCAUUCAAAAUCAGAACUGUCUGAUUUUGCUAGCGUGAAUGCAGCAAAAAAAUGGAUGUCUUCAUUUAUCCCAUCAUGUGGUUCUUUAAUUCUUUCUCAUCAAACUUCUGAUAGUCGUCUCAUGGAUCCAUCUGCUUCUAGUAAAGCAAUUCUUAUCGGAGAUUUUUUAACUGCGCAACAACUCGAUCGUGCCGAUUCAUCUAAUUGGGGUGGCAAUCACUCAAAUUCACGCCAAGCUGAUUACGCUGGAUCCUAUCAAGUUUCUAGAUCUAUUGAUCCAUCUACCUUACCUGUCUGUGUUAGUCAUAUUUCUACAGCUUAUGGGAAUUUUGAUUGUCACCCAGUAUCAGAUUUUUGA